GGGGGUCAGUAUGCAUAGGUAUAUAAGCUACAGGAAAGACUCAUCAACGUGGCAGCCUCGCAGACCUCGCCAUGAACAGGUUAUUGUCCCUGGCCGCGGUGGUGGUGGUGGUGGCGGCUGAAGGAUACGACUCUCCCUCCUGUGAUGGUAAGCAAGCCAUCGUCCACCUCUUUGAAUGGAAGUGGACGGACAUAGCGGCGGAGUGUGAGCGCUUCCUGGGACCCAAUGGCUUCUGCGGUGUUCAGGUAUCCCCGCCCAUGGAGCACGCCGUCAUCGGUGAGAGUGGGUACCCGUGGUGGCAGCGUUACCAACCAGUCUCCUACCUGAUUGAGUCUCGUUCCGGCACCAGACAGGAGUUUAUCGACAUGACCCAGCGGUGCAAUGCCGUGGGGGUGAGGAUCGUGGUAGACGCAGUAGUCAACCACAUGACGGGCCUGGGGCGGUCUGGGACGGGGUCGGGCGGCAGCUCCUUCAAUGCCGAUAACCUGGACUUCCCCGGCGUGCCCUUCUCCAGCUCGGACUUCACGCCAAGGGAUAUGUGCCCCUCGUCCAACGGCCAAAUCAAUGACUAUAGCAAUGUGGACGAAGUGCGUAACUGUUACCUGGUGGGGUUGACCGACCUCUACGGCGGGUCGGACUACGUGAGGCAGAAGGUCGCCGACUACUACAACGAUCUCAUCAACAUCGGCGUCAUGGGCUUCAGGGUCGACGCCGCUAAGCACAUGUGGCCCGGGGACCUUGAGGCCAUCCAGGGUCUGACCAAUGACCUUAAUACCAAUGCAGGGUUCCCGGCUGGCACUCGACCGUUCUUCUUCCACGAGGUUAUCGACCAGGGUGGCGAACCAAUCACAGUGAACGAGUAUUUCAGUGUGGGGCGUACCACGGAGUUCAGGUUCUGCAAGAAGAUCGCAUGGGGAAUCAACGCCUUCGACCAGCUUGGAGGCGUUUAUGACCCUGGGUGGGGAAUGGCGCCGUCCGACAAGGCCCUCGUGUUCGUUGAUAACCAUGACAACCAGAGAGGACAUGGCGGCGCUGGGGACGUUCUCACCCAUCAAUCGCCGAAGGAGUACAAGAUGGGCGUGUCGUUCAUGCUAGCCCACGACUACGGCUUCGCGAGGGUCAUGAGCAGCUACUACUUCGACAACUCUGAUCAAGGGCCGCCAGGGAGCUCAAACGGCGGCUCCACGGACAGUGUUACCAUCAACGCCGACGGGUCUUGCGGCGGCGGCUGGGUGUGUGAGCAUCGCUGGAACCCGAUUACGAAGAUGGUGCAAUUCAGGAACGCCGUGGCGGGAACAUCGAUCGAGAACUGGUACCAGGUUGGCGAUAACGUGGCUUUCUCCCGCGGCAACAAAGGAUUCUUCGCUAUGUCAAAAUACGGCUCCUUCGACAUGACCCUUCAGACAGGCCUGCCCGCGGGGACCUACUGUGAGCUCAUCAGUGGUUGCUCCCAGAUGGUGACAGUGAACGGUGACGGCACUGCCCAAAUCACCAUCAACAACAGUGAGGACCCCAUCUUUGCCAUCUGCGUGGGCUGUGACGGUUCUGGACCCACGAUUGACCCAUCCCUCACCACCACGCCCGGCCCCACGCAGCCUCCAGUCACCGGCCAGGCCAGAACCGUCGUCUUCGUGCACAAGCAGACGAGCGUGGGACAAGACCUCUUCGUGCGCGGUGGGAUUGACUCCGAGCACAGGCCAGGUUGUACUGAAAACGCCGAGACUGACGCAUGCGCAAUAGACAUCGAAACGAACAGUCUCGGGGCGGAGGAUCACUAUGCUAAGUACGACGCUUGGAGGGCUGGGGACACGAAGCUCGACUGGUACGGUCCCCAAGCCUCCCAGGGCACCUACUUGGGGACUGCAGCCUCCGGUACCCCCAUGGCCUGGACCACGAGCGAUUCAGGAGCGAGUGGCCAUCAGGAUUUGAACACGUACGGCGAGCACUACUGGAUGGUCGAUAUGGUUAUGGAUUGCGACCAGACAGAGAACGGAUGGUUCGAGAUUAAGGCCUACCUGAGCAACGGAGAUGGGUGGGAGAGUGACGUGACCCAGGUGUCUACGUGCUCAGGUGACGCAGGUGGAGUUAAACCCUACACCAGUAAUAACCACAUGGGGCGCUGUGGGUUCGUCAAUGUCUUCGAGUACUCCGCCUCCUCCUGCACCAUCAAGUCCUUUCCAUAAGUCUGCUAAGGUGUCUUUUUCCAGACGUUCCUCGAAUGCUCUUUUUCCUCUUCUCUGUUAGUCUUGUUGUCUUGUUUGUUUUCUUUGUUUAGUUGUUUUCUUCUUCUUGUCUUCUCUUCCUUUAUUAGAGAAAUUGCAAUAACGCAGUGAAAAUAUUCCUUAUUUUUUUUUCUUUUCUUCUUUUUUUCUCUUUCUUUCUUUCUUCUUGUGUUUUUUUUCUUCUUUUUCCACGUUUUCUUUUUUCGUUUCAUUGUCUUUUCUUUGUGUAACAUGAUUUUCUUCCUUGGUUCUUCUCCUUCUUUCUUCUUUCCUCUUCCUCUUCAAUCCUCUCCUUGAUUCCUCCUCCUCCUCCUCCUCCUCUUCUCAUAUAUUUGCAUUUUUUUUUUAAUAUUCAUAAACAAAUUAAUGCAGAGUAAAAACAAAA